AUGUGUAUUGGCAUGAUAUCAAGUGAACAAGUUUUAGACGGAGAGUCAAAAAGACUCAAACAGAAAAUAGCAAAAGACCAGACAGCCAUCGUCAACUCAACUCCAAACCACGUAUCCAUACAUCAGAUCGAGCUGCAUUACAAUGACCUGACUGCAGCCGGGGUUGAAUCGGAGUACAAAUGCUUCACAAGACCACAAAGUUUUGUACUUUGUGAGAUGAAUGACAGCCUUACUGGAGACGAAUUCUACGAAAACUUGCUGCUAGAUGGCUCCACCAUUGUCCUCAUCGAUUCCCCAAACAUGAACAAAGUUUUAAAAGCUACUCUUCUACCCGAACCGAAGCAGUCAAAAACCUUCAAAAACUUCAGCCUGGAGAACACGAGCCAGCCUGCAGACGGCGAGGACGACUACAGCGCGCCAGUAAGAAUGCCGUGCACGAGCCUCAAACUGACCAACAAAUCGACGACUUACGAGAACAAAUCGGAGCAAGCAGUUUAUGAAAAUGUGGCCCUCAGUUGCAGGGAGGUGAAACUCUUCACAGUUUCAUCCCUGGAUCAGGUGGCUUUCUUGUACGAGGUGCUCAGGGAGACCAUCGGCAAUCCUACCACUUCUCCGAUUCCCAUUCUCUUCAGGAUGACCAAAUUUUCAGUGGGAUUGUUGUUGGAUUAUGCAGUUGGAAGCUCACCAAUUGUCAAUAAUGGCUGUGGUGCAUAUUCACCUUGCAGUAAUUUUGGUGAUGUUUGUCGACUAAACUGUUCACAACCAUUUCAAAAAUCAAGAUACGUUGUGCUGUUCUCUAAUGCGAAAGAUAACAUCGCCAACGUGGCUGAAUUUCAAAUAUAUGGAGAUGACACGAGUAGUUAUUCCGAUCGAUACAUGGGUUGUUUUCAAAAAUUUUUGAGUACGAGUAAUCAGGGAAGCGUUAUUUUACUCUACCAAUGUUUAGGUAGAUGCAGUGGUAACCUCUAUGCUGGAGUCAUGAACGGUAAAGAUUGUUACUGCAGUAACACAUUAAUAGGCGACCUGGCAUCUUCAGAUCAUUGUGGAGUUGCAUGUUCGAGUGAUGAUCAUCUGUGUGGAGCUACUGGUUACUUCGCUGUUUAUAACGACUGUUCAGUUAACAACGGAAUGUGUGUAGUUCAUACAUGCAAGACAAACCUCAUUGGUCCGUCCAGUAUUUCAGAAUGUGUUUGCAAUGUUGGGUACUACAAAAAUUUCUACAGCGAUGACUGUAGAGAGGUCAACAAGUGUUCAUUGAAUGCCAACUUAUGCCCUGUCAACAUUUCAACAUGUGUGAACACCCCUGGCUCUUACAUUUGCAACUGUACUGAUGGCUAUGUGAGGAGUGGCCAAAAUAAUUGCACUGUAAUUUUAAACUUAAAAGUAAAUCAAGCAGUAUUAAAAGAAGGAAUGUUGAACAACUCGUCGUCGAACACAUCAGCAAUAAUUGGUGGUGUUGUUGGUGCGUCAGUAGCUCUUUUGCUCAUUGUAGGAAUAUUUGUUGCCGCCUAUUUCUGCAAAAGGAAGAAAAAUCAACAGCGAACAUCAAACUCGAAUAUUGGUCAAAUAAUUUCAAGAAAACCUACCAUUAAACUCGCCUUGGAAAAAGUUCAAAAAAAUGUUGAUGGCAGCUCUAGCAAAGUUCCAAUUGGAAAAUUAGAAAAUUAUUACAAAUCUCUGACACUUCAGGGCGUUUUUGAUCAAUUUAGGAGCGUUCCUGUCAGAAAUAACCAUUCUAGCUCUUACGCUGAAAAACCCGAACUUAAUAAAAAGAAUAAGAGCAAAGAAAUAGUACCAUUUGACGAGAAUAGAGUGAAAUUGAAGACACUAGAUGACCAACCGUUUUCUGAUUACAUCAACGCUUCCAUUGUACCAGUACAUAUAAAUAAUUUUCAGUGGAAAAACAAUAGAAAUUUUUACCAAAUUUUAUUUUUUCAGAGUUACAGAUCUAAAAAAUAUUCGUUCAUUGCUACCGAAAGUCCUAAUCGAGAAACUAUGAAUGAUUAUUGGCGAAUGAUUUGCGAGAAAGAUGUUCAAAUCAUAAUUAUAUUGAACCUCAGAGGGCAAAAAAGCAAAGAUAUUUUGAAGAGUUUCCUGCCUGAUCUAGAUGAAAAACUACAGUUUAAAAAUAAUAUCUCUGUUAAAUGUGUCAGUUUGGAGAAAUGGCCGACUUAUGAAAUUAGAAAAUUUUAUAUAAAAAUGAAAUCUCAAGAAUUCAUGCCAACUUGCAUGGGCUACACUGGCUGGCCCGAUGGAGGUCUUUCUAAUAACGUUGGAUGUUUUCUAAACUUCCACCACCGCAUGAAAUCUGUCUUAGAAACUAAGAAGAAUUUCGACAAAAAUCAUUCUAAUAUUGUUGUCCAAUGCGAGACAGGGGUCGGUACUUCGGGAAUUUUCAUAGGUUUGAAUUACCUGAUUGAACAAUGCGAAGAUAAAAGCAUGGUUGAUGUGCUACAAUGUUUGAGGUAUCUCAGAUCUCAUAGAAACCACAUGAUUCAAACCGAGGAAGAAUAUGAUUUUCUGUACAAAUCCAUGAUAGCCUACCACAACCUAGGCCAUACAACAUGUUUCUCCAUUAAUGAAGACUCCUUCACUAAAUUCCUAAGCAGCGAAACUUUCAAUAAAAGUUUAGAAAUACAGUUCAGGUGCUUCAACAAAUCGAACGCAUUUCUGACUUGCGAAAUAGGCAAAAACCUAAAAGGUAGUGUCCUCUAUGACGACGUGUUAGCUGGUGGUUCCAUAAUUGUUGUUAUUGAUUCAAAGCCAACCAAACAAAGCGCAUUACAACUACUUAUCCCUGAUUCUGGAAGAAAACUAACAUUUCAUAAGAUGACCGUUGAGAACAAUGACGAAACGAACCGCAUCUACGAGACAGCCAACUGUAUCAACAACCCAUCAACCAUAACCCUAACCCUAACUAUGAAUGAUGAUAAAGUAAAAGAGGAUGAGAUAUACGAAGAUGAUAAUGUUUACAACAAAUUAUCGAAUCAUGGCCGGAGUAUCAAGAUACAUUCACUGGAAUCCAUCAAUCAAAUCCAAUCUUUGUACAACCUGUUGAAAGAUAGUAUUAAAAAUCCAAAAUCACCAGCUAUCCCACUGAUAUACAAAAAUUCUGAAGACUCUGACGUGAAUGCUGUCCUAGUGAUGUUGUCAGUGCUGGAGAUGAUGGACUCCAACGAGCAGGUUGAUGUCUACCAGGCGGUCCGUCAACUACAGCCACUUAGAAACAGCAACCACAGCAGCCACAAAAACAUCAACUACUACAACAUCAACACUGAUGAUGACGUCACAGAUGACGUUUACAGCUACAACAACGACGACGUGUUCGUAACUAUGAAGCAAUACCGGCUCAUUCACGAAGUCGUUGGAAAUAUUGUUGGGAGUAGAAAAUAA